AUGAGUUUACAAAUUUAUUUUAAUUUUUUAAUUUAUUUUCAGCUCUUGGUUGUAUUCCAAAACAAAAUAUCUGAUUAUUGUUUUGCACGUAAAACUGAAAAAGAGGAACUAUUGAAAGAUUUAACCCAAGAGUCCAGUAGAUCUGCUCCACCUCCUACUCCAAGUACACCAUCUUACUACGGUGGUGCGAAGCAAGAUGAGGCAUCUGCUAGUGGAGCUCCUCAAGCACCACCACCUUCUCAAGUACCGACGACAUUACCGUAUCCUGUUUACGUUACUGGAAUGCCUGUCCCCUAUGGUGCUUCUGUAAACACUCCAUAUCCGUCGUACGCUCCGCCUCCGUUACCAUCUGGCUAUAACCCAUACUCUACGCUUCCCUAUCCUGCAUCUUCAUACUAUUCAGGAUUUCCUCAAGGGCCCCAAAACUAUCAAGGACCGUCCAAUUAUCCACCCCAACAGCCUCCACCAACCAACUAUCAAAAACCUCCUGGCUGGUAAGGAAGGUGAUGUUAUUUCCAUGAUAUUCCUAUUUUGUCUAAUCCCCCCUAUAGUCUCAUUUUUUACGUUGUAAUCACGUAUUUAUUAAUUUAUCUUUAACAUUAUAAUUUUAAUCGCAAUAUACCUGUACACCUUAUACACUAACAUAGCGUGUCAGAUUAAGUCAGGCCUUAAAUAGAUGGUUCUAGUGUUGUAAUUUUUUAAUAAAUAUGUAAUUGUUAUUGUUAGGAAUAUUUUGUUAUCCAUAAUCUAUUGUGCUGAUAAUUGUAAUUUUAGUGCCUGUAUAUUAUAUAUUUUUUCUUCAUAAAAAUGAGUUUACAAA